AUUUUUCUAUUGCACGAACUAUCGCGAGCAUUUCUAGCUCGUAACUAUGAUAAUUUUUCUCUGCUUGAUUUGUAGAUUAACUGAAAUCUGAAAACGGUAGCUGCCCAUCUAUCGUUACGUUGCUUUUGCAAUAGAAUUGCACCAAGGCCCAAAUGACUAGCGUCCGUGUAAAGUUUUGUUUCGGCCGUAGGAUUAUACAAAGCUAAUAUGAGCGAUGAGGCAAAUAAGCGUUUCCUCAAGGACGGCUAAGUUUUGUUCGACCGAUUCCGACCGUUUUUGGAAUUCCGCUGGGGUUUCUGAAUAUUCAAACGGUAUGACUCUAGCGCAAUAAGGCGAGAUGCUCGGUUGGAUGAUUUCCCUUUUUAACAAGUCAUCGACAAUCUCACGAAUUUGCAACCACAUAGGCGAAACGUCGUGGCGCAAAAGCGUAUAUCGAAUUAUUUUUGAAGUGAACGCGAAGCGAAUACCCAUCAUCCACAGAAUUUGUUUCAGAUCAUUCGGCGUGUCUUCAACAUAGAGAGGGAGAUUGGCGAAAAGGCAUACGUCGGUCUCCGUUCCACCAACCGUUGUUCUUUUCAAUUUACAUAUUAAGACUGAAUUUACUUGGAUAUGCGGACUGAAGAGUUUCAAACGACCGUCAUCCUCCUCAGCAACCAGGGCCACGGUUUCCUCUUCUGGACUAUUAAAUACUGCUGCAGUUACUUGGACCGUCCGCUGCUGACCGGAACCGCUUGCUCCACUUCUCUGCCGCGCAACUGGGCACUCAUACUGCCGAUGGCUUUUCUUUUUACAGAAGAAACAAGAAAGUGUCCAAGGAAGUAUCAGCUACGAAUAGAACAGUGGCUCUCGGCAUUGGUCAUGCCGCUUAUCAGAAGAUGUAUCACGUCCCUCGUAGAAUCGACUCAGCUACUUGAGUCAACUUGUGUGAUGGAGCACCACUGUCGUGACGGGUUGCUCCGUGAGCAUCGACUCCAAUGAAUCUCCGGCUUCCUCCCUGGGCAGACGGGCCAUAUUUGGCCACAUGCGCCAGAAUCGAUUUUAUGAGGCUUACUCUAUCUUCAAAUUGGGAGACGGAAACGACGUGCUUCAUUCUGGAGUUGGUCCAAGAUCGCUCCCUCCAGCACCGUCCUGUCCAUCACUUGCGUCUUCAGCAUCAUCUGCUGCAACUAACACUAUACUGCUCUGAUUUUCCUGAUUUUUGCGAUUUUCGCGCGCGACUUAGUCUCUUCUGUGAGCGUGUGAGCUGUAAUCCCACUUCUGAGAUUUAUCGCUGUAAACUAUUUAUUAAAAUUAUUUUUGAAUUUGAAUAAAGUUACCGUUUGUC